AGAGAGAGGGAGGAUGAACAUCAAGUCAUAAGAGGUUAGAGGUUAGCGUAGAUAGAGACACUACCAGCCUGGGUGAAAAGGUGGUAAAUCAGAGAGCUCACUUGCUACAGCUCGAGCUCCCUAACAGACAUUUAAAAGCAGACAGAACCAGUAUCAAAUGAGUUGCUGGAUUCCCAGUCUGCAGCUUGUACAGUGAAGACCAAAAGGCUUGCCUGCAGUAAAAAGUUGAAGGUGAGACACACUGAGAGGGGAGAGUUGGGACUUGGGAGCAGAACAAAAAAGCAGAUCCGGAGAGGAUUGGUGUGAUGGAAAACCUGCCUGUCUACCACGGACCCAUCGGCAAAGAGGAGGGGGAGAGGCGUCUGGCCCAGGACGGGCGGGAGGGGUGCUACCUUAUCCGCAACAGUGACUCUGUUCCUGGUGUCUUCUGCCUGUGUGUGCUGUGCAGAGGAUAUGUCUACACGUACAGACUCUGCCAGGAUGAAGGAGGCUCAUGGGCUGCAGAGACCACUCCUGGUGUGACGAAACGAUAUUUCCGCCAAAUCAAGAACUUGAUAGCAGCUUUCCAGAAGCCCGAUCAAGGAAUUGCCAUGCCUCUGCUCUUCCCUGUCACCGCUCAGAGUCGGGCACAAAUGCACACAGAGGAACAGACAGCCAGUCAUAGCCUGUCACUGACACACAGCAGCGACCCAAACACUUACCUCCAGCAACGGCCGCAUGCUGCUAAGGGACACAAAAACAGGAACAAGAAAGAGGUGCGGCAAGCUUUGGGUUAGGGAGAAACCCUGAUCUUACCACUGACCUAAAAAGAAACAAAAAUGCCAUCUUUUCAUGAUGCCUUGUGUCACCUUUGACAUGCUGUAAGCAAACUAAAUGUCACAUUUUUCUUUUACCUCAUGGAAACAUUCCAAUUAAUCAGCUUCUGUUUGUUAAAUUCGAGUCAUUUAGGUCUUAUGACUCAGAGCUUUAUAUAUUCGCAGUAUUUUUUUCUUCUUCCUUUUUUUUUGUGGUGCAUAUGCAGUACAGAAACUGCCUCAUAACUUUCAGGGAUGUGAUGUAAAAUAUUCAACUGCAUGAAACAUUAAUAUCCAUUACUGCAUACAUAAGUUGACAACAGAUAUUGUGCUCUGUU